UGUGACAUGGACACAGAGGCACCUGCCUGCUGCACAGGAAGGAACUUUUUUUUGUAACUUUUAGGGUUUCAUCAUGAGCAAUCAAGGUCUUCAUAUGUUAACAUAGUCAUCUUGACUUUAUUACCACUCAGUUCAAAUUUGUUUUUGAGUAAGUCAGUUGAAGAUGCAAGGAGGGAAACUAGCCAGUCCAUCAAGGAGCAUGGACGAAAGAAAGGUUGGCUGCGAAAGUCCGGUUCAUAAACCCGACCCACCACGCUACCGCAGCUGGAGCAGCUUCCGUUUCUCAAGAUGGAGAAGCGGAUCCCAGAGGACAACCCCGCCCGGCAGCCCCUCGCCAAAGCUGGACAAAAGAAGCGACGUGACCAAGACGCUGCUUUCUCUGGUGAAGACUCACAAUGACGACUACAUUGCUGACCCUGACGGUCUACUGGACUGCAACGAUGAUGGAGAGGCCGUGGUCCUGGAGGCCCAGCCAGACCAGUCCACAUAUUUCCAGAAGCAGUUUGGUAACAUGCUGCAGCCAGGGGUCAACAAGUUCUCCCUGCGGAUGUUUGGCAGUCAUAAAGGGGUGGCUGCCGAGCAGGAGAGGGUCAAGUCCUUUGGUGUUUGGAUCAUCCACCCGUACAGCGACUUCAGGUUUUACUGGGACAUUGUGAUGCUACUGCUGAUGAUGAGUAAUCUGGUUAUCCUGCCAUGGGGAAUCACCUUCUUUGAAGACCAGAACACCAUGCCCUGGAUCACCUUCAACUUCCUGUCAGACACUCUCUUCCUGAUAGACCUGGUUUUAAACUUUCGCACUGGCAUCCUGGGCGAGGACAGCCACAUCAUCCUGGACCCCAAAGAGAUCCGACUGCAUUAUCUCCGGUCUUGGUUCCUGGUGGAUUUUAUCUCGUCUAUUCCUGUCGACUACAUCUUCCUCAUUGUUGACCUGGAGACUCUGCAUGAUUCGUCUGACGUCUACCGCACCGCCCGAGCUCUUCGUAUUGUGCGCUUCACUAAGAUCUUGAGCUUACUGCGCCUUCUUAGACUCUCUCGUCUGAUCCGGUACAUUCAUCAAUGGGAAGAGAUUUUUCACAUGACCUAUGACCUGGCAAGCGCUGUCGUGCGGAUAUUCAACUUGAUUGGCAUGAUGUUGCUAUUGUGUCACUGGGAUGGCUGCAUGACCUUCAUGGUGCCAAUGCUGCAGGACUUUCCACCAGACUGCUGGGUGUCCAAGAACAACAUGGUGAAUGCGACGUGGCACAUCCAGUACUCCUACGCCCUCUUCAUGGCCAUGAGUCACAUGCUGUGCAUUGGCUACGGCGCUCACCCACCAGAGGGAAUGAGCGACGUAUGGAUGACCAUGGUCAGUAUGGUUGUUGGGGCCACUUGCUACGCCAUGUUCCUCGGUCACGCAACGAACCUGGUGCAUUCCUUAGACGCGUCCCAUCGACAGUACCAGGAGAAGUACAAGCAGGUGGAGCAGUACAUGUCCUUUCACAAACUGCCAGCGGAUGUCAGACAGAGAAUCCACGAUUACUAUGAACAGAGAUUCCAAGGCAAGAUGUUUGAUGAAGACAGCAUCCUGGGGGAGCUCAGCGAUCCUCUCAAGGAGGAGAUCGUGAGCUACAACUGCCGUGGCCUUGUUGCCAACAUGCCACUCUUUGCCAACACUGACCCUCACUUUGUGACGGUGAUCUUGACCAAGCUACGGUUUGAGGUCUUCCAGCCCGGUGACCUCAUCAUCAGAGAAGGAACUCUGGGUCGGAAAAUGUAUUUCAUUCAACAUGGCAACGUGAUUGUCAGCCCACGUGGAGGGAAGGAGAUCAGGCUCAGCGAUGGAGCAUAUUUUGGAGAGAUCUGUCUACUCACUCAAGGACGCCGCACAGCCAGCGUGAUGGCUGAGACCUACUGUCGUCUCUACUCACUGAGUGUGGACAGUUUCAACGAAGUCCUGGAGGAGCAUCCUCUCAUGAGAAGGGCAUUUGAAAGUGCAGCUGUGGACCGACUGGGCCGUGUGUCACGCAGGCCUAGCUAUGAACCACCACCAGAAAAUUGAAUUCAACACUCAAACAACAAAGUUUCUGACUGAAUGAAUUUACCGAAUUCUGCUGCUUUGUGUGGCGACACAGACUUGUCUUUCCAUCCCUGCUGACCUUGCUUGAAAAUAAUGUAGUAAGCAUUCUGUAUUUGUUACUUAACAAUUGAUUAUUGGCUGUUUUUUUUUCAACGAUGACUCUGAAAAUCCCCCCAUUAGUCUACCUUCACUGGCACAGAGCUUCUGAACUCAUGCACUGCAGUUGAAUCAGUUGAGUCAUCAGGGUUAUGUCAGAUUUUAAUUUCAGAUUAAGAUCGGACGCGUUGCAGGUUACAUCCUGUCCAGGUUGCACAAGAAGCAUUUCCCUAGGUGGUGAAUUUCAUGCAUCUUGGGAUCUCCUUGAUGAACAAGGGAAGGAUGAGAAGGUCGGAUGGAUCAGUGACUCUGUAUUAGUUAGUCAUAGUGAAGACAGUUCACUGGUCGAUCAACAUUUCAACUCUCCUACGGACAGUGACAUGUCCUCAGUAACAAGAUCUCAACUGAAAUAUGUUUUCUCCAGGAGUUGUCUAGAGGUAAGGUGUGGAGCUCUGUUAUCAGGCAGACUCAAAAGUAUUACUGCUGCUGAGGCAGACACGUUGGCAGACCUAGAACAUAUUGCAGAGAUUGGGCCUCCUGCUCGAGCUGCUGUCCCCUUGACCUAACCCAGGCUAAGUGGUGGAAUAAGGCUGGAUAGAUGGAGCAUGUGGGAAGUUUUUCCCAUUCUAUCAAAGGAGCCCAUGUUUUCAAUGGCCUAUGAAGGCCAUUUUUCUUUAAAUCUCCCAUCAUACAGAAAAGUCAGCUUAAAAGAAUGAAGUUUUGUUGUCUAUUCUUGGACUCACAAAAAAACAAGCAUUUGAGGACAACAAACAUAUCUGUGGAUUUAUAAAUAUUGACAUUUAUUUUGUGACAUCGCCUGUUGCUGUAAUUCAGGACAAUCUGAACCACGCUAACUUGAUGACUGAAUUGGGACUUAAGUAAGCAUACCUCACAAUGGUGCAGCAUUUAUUUCUUGACAUGUUUUAACUCACAUAUUUAUAUUGCCGCUGUUUGUUCAUGCAACUCUAUUGUAGCCAAACAGGAAAAUCUGCAUUUCAAAACCUAUAUGCUCCAAGCUCAUUCUGAAACUAACUGACUGGGCAUGGCAUCACAAAGUAACUUGUUUUUUUUACUCAUAUUAUAUACUUGUUUUUGUUCUGAGAGGGAAAGCAGGUGUUUUUCAGUAUAGACAAAAUUAAUGGGAUGAUAUGAAUACAUUUUUGCAAAUAAUAAUAAUAAUUUUGACCUCUCUCAGGGCCCUAUAAACAAUCAUUGUGACACAAUGUUCUUACAAAGAAUGUCACAACAUAUGGUUGCCCACACAUGGCAUGUUUAUAUGCAUGCUGACAAAUCUAGAGUCAGAGUUGUGCAACAACCCAUGUGUUGCAUCAUAUCUGGGCACUAGAAUGGAGAGACUACUGCAUUUGCACGAGAUCUUCAUUUUGGUUGUACUUUUCUCUUAAAUGUUUUAUGGUACACAUUCCUGUGAUUUGUGAAGUAAAGAAUAAUGCAAGCUUGUUUUUUUUUUGUUUUUUUUUUAAAUCAAAAAUGGAAUGCGGCACAAAUAAUUUACCAAAACACUGAAUGUUUUGUCCUACCUGUAAAUUUAGAGUAACAAAGCAGAAUGAUUUUCCAACUAUCUGAUUCUGGGCAUACGUAACAGAUACAGAUAUAUAGAUACGUAUUUGACAGUGGACACAUUAUGAAGAUCACUCCUGAUAUUAUACCUACUGACUGCAACAUAGCCUCUCGGCAUUUCCUUCAAGAAAGGGAUUCUUCUCUCCUACAAGCACAAGAAUAAAAU